AUGUCUGACGCGCUGUCCGACGCGGAUAAGAUCCGCAACAAGCGUCUCGCGAAGCUCGGUGGUCAAUCUUCCGCUCCAGCGUCUCCUGCUCCAGGCGAUUCGAACAGCGCAUCGGGAGCCGCCUCGCCUUCCGCCUCGACGCCGCAGCCGGCCAAUGCCCCAAGUCCGAUACCCGCCACCGCGCCGUCGCCCAGUCCGAGCUCCACGCCUGCUGCCGUGACGGAGAGCCAGGCCCCCGCGCCAAAGAUCAGCAUUACGAAGAAGGCCCCGACCUCGCUGCCCCAGAAGCGUGAUAAUGAGAACGAGUCACGGCCGCGACCCCGCCCCGCCGCGACGCCUGAGAAUUUCGAGACGUGGCAGCAUAGGAUACUUAGCAACAUCUUCAGAGUGUCGUUAGACGAGGCACAGACCCAGGAUGCGCACGGAAACCGCUUGACUUAUGUGCCGGGUGUGAAGGGAGACCUGGAGGAUGCUGGGAGCCCGCUGCUGUUGAACACAACUGUGCUGGAAGGAGUGCUCUUUGAGGGCGCGUCCAACCGACCUGAUGGCAAGCCGCUGAACUGGUUGCUGUCAUGCUGGAAGCGUGCGGCUAGAGUUUCGAGGGGUGCAACCACGGCAGACAAGAGCGACCCGGCAAGAGCUGAGGUGAUGAAGGAGGCCCGUAGGCUCACCUUGAACUACACAAUGCUCGCGGUCAACGUGCCAGACAUGUUCGGCUUAGACGCUUGGCCCGUGAACCCUCUGGCUCAGCACAUGCUGAAUGACCCGGAAGACGAGCAUGGCAUAUGCCAUGACUUCUUGAACGAAGCCGUGUCCCGGUUCGAGGAAGACGAGUCUGUCAAGGACGCAUUGGUUGGUGCGGUGGAGCAGCUCAGUCAGGACCUGAGCAAGAAGAGCAUGAACGAUCAGUUCAAACCCUACAUGAUGGCCCUGCGCAAUGUCUGCCAGUAUCCUCCACUUGUAGUGGCCCUGUCACAGUCGCCCCGAUUCUUACCAUCGGGUAUUAAUGCUCCCGCCUUGGAGAAUGACACUCUUCUGGGCCCUUUCUUCAAGCUCUCUCCGUUACAGUCCGAAGUCGCGCUAAACUACUUCGCCGGAUCACGAACCAGGGAUAGGUCUGUCAUCAUGAAUGCGCAGAGAGCUCUCCGCAUGACCUUGGCGACACACCAGGAUGAGCUCUUCGACGUGGCAAACCGCUUCAUUCGGGCAAAGGACUCCCGCUCGAACAUGCUGGAUUGGUUCGCGGCGACGGUCAACCUGAACCACAAGCGACGCGCCAUGCGUGUCGAUUCGAAGCAGGUCUCAUCCGAUGGCUUCAUGAACAAUAUCACGGUGAUACUCGACCGCCUCUGUGACCCAUUCAUGGAUUCGACCUUCUCUAAAAUUGACCGUAUCGAUAUCGAUUACUUGCGCAGAAGCCCGCGCGUUGAUAUCAAGGAUGAAACCAAGAUGAACGCGGAUCAGAACGCAUCCGACGAGUUUUAUUCCACGAAAGUCGGCGGAGAGAAUAACUUCAUUUCAGAAUGUUUCUUUCUCACUGUAGCUGCUCAUCACUACGGCACCGAGGCUGCUCAGAGCAAGUUGACUCAACUUCAGAAAGACCUCAAAUGGAUGGAGCGCGAGCUUGAGAAGUUCGAAACGGAGAGGCAUAAGUACGCCCAUAACCCGGCACAGCUACAAGUCUUCGAAAACGCCUUGAAGAAAUAUAAGGACGCCAUCGAGCGUAGCCACUGCACUAUCUUGGCAACCCAGGGAGUUUUGCUUGAUGAGACGAUCCAGGGACGGGCCAUGCAAUUCAUGCGAUACGUCAUUGUCUGGUUGCUGCGUAUUGUCAGCCCCGGUUACCCCCAGAAGCCGCUCAAGCUUCCUCUUCCCGCGCAACAGCCAGAAGCCUUCAAGUGUCUGCCUGAGUAUUUCCUCGAGGACAUUGUGGACAACUUCAAGUUCAUCACUCGCAUGAUGCCUCAAAUCGCCACUUCGACACAGUGCGAGGAACUAAUCACGAUUUGCCUGACCUUCUUGCGAAGCUCGGCCUACAUCAAGAACCCUUAUCUCAAGUCUGGUCUCGUUACCAUCCUCUACUAUGGAACUCUGCCUUUCCAGGGCAGGUCUAAAGGCGUGCUUGGAGACCUUUUGUUUGCGACUAAGUUUGCGACUGACAACCUCCUCCAUGCUUUGAUGCAGUUCUACAUCGAGUGUGAAAGCACGGGCGCACACACUCAGUUCUAUGAUAAGUUCAACAUCAGAUUCGAAAUCUUCCAGGUGUUCAAGUGCGUUUGGGGCAACCCUGUGUACCGCGACCACCUGGGAACUGAGGCUAAGGUCAACCUGGACUUCUUCGUCCGUUUCGUGAACUUGCUUCUCAACGACGUUACCUUUGUCCUUGAUGAGUCGUUUUCGGCUUUCACCCAGAUCCACGAAAUUACGAGACAACUUCGCGAUCCAAACGCCAUCUCAGAUGAGACUCUCAGAAAGGAGAAAGAAGAGGCGCUCGAGGCGGCCAAGGGGAGGGCCAAGAGCUACAUGGGUCUCACCAACGAGACGGUAGCCAUGUUGAAGCUUUUCACAGAGGCUCUUAGCGAUUCAUUCACCAUGCCGGAGAUAGUGCAGCGUCUCGCCGACAUGCUGGACUACAAUCUCGAUGCAUUGGUGGGUCCCAAGCAGACGAACCUCAAGGUAGAGAACCCACAGGAGUAUGGUUUCAAUGCGAAGUCGAUGCUGUCGGAGAUCGUCGACGUCUACCUCAAUCUCCAGGAAAAGGAGAAUUUCCGUCUUGCUAUCGCGCGCGAUGGUCGCUCCUACAAGCCGGACAACUUCAACAAGGCUACUAGCAUUAUGAGGCGGUUUGCUCUGAAAUCCGAUGAAGAGAUUGGCAGAUGGGAGCGAUUGGCGGGUCAGGUCCAGGAAGCGAAGGAAGCCGAUGAGCAGGAAGAAGCCGACUUGGGCGAAAUUCCGGAUGAGUUCCUGGACCCGCUCAUCUUCGACAUCAUGAAGGACCCGGUUAUCCUUCCCCAGAGCAAGAUGACGAUCGACCGUGCCGUCAUCCAGAGCCACCUUCUCAGUGAUCCUCACGACCCUUUCAACCGUGCCCCACUGAAGAUCGAAGAUGUCAUUCCCAACACCGAGCUGAAGCAAAAGAUCGAAAGCUUCAAGGCCGAGAAGAAAGCCGCGAAGCAGGCCGAACGAGCUCAGGCUUCCGGUGGCGAGCCUAUGGACAUGUCUUAG